AUGAAUGUAAAAAAACAAACUUCAAAUAUACUUACUUUUUAUAUAAAAAAUACAAUGCAUAAUACAUUUAUUUCGAUAUGUAAAGAGACAAUUUUAAAUAAAAAUAAUAAAAUUAUACCUACCCAACAAGUAUUAAAAAUAUUUUCUUGCGGUCUUUUUGGGUUUAAAAAUAGAAAAAAAGAAACUCCAUUUGCUUCUAGUAUUUUAGCAAAUAAAAGUGCAUUAUAUGCAUUACAAAAUGAUAUAAAAUAUAUACAUAUAAUUUUUAAAGGAAUGAAUUUUUUUAAAAAACUUAUAUUAAAUACUAUUAUGAAGACAAAAUAUAAUAAUAGACAAUUACAUAUAUUAUCAAUUACAGAUAUAACACAAUAUCCUCAUAAUGGAUUAUUUACUAGAUCACCUAAAAAACCUAAUUCUGCACUACGAAAAGUAGUAAAAAUUAGAUUAUCUAAUAAUAAAGAAAUUAUAGCAUAUAUACCGGGAGAAGGAUAUGCUGUACAAGAACAUAAUUAUGUUCUUAUUAGAGGAGGAAAAGUACAAGAUUUACCUGGAGUUAGAUAUAAAAUUAUUAGAGGUGCUUUAGAUGUUUGUGGUGUUAAAAAUAGAAAAAAUAGUAGAUCGAAAUAUGGUACUAAAUCUAAUUAA